UCUACAGCCAGCUGUCCAGCAGAAAAAGCUGAAAAUCCGAUGCAUAGCUGAAACAUUUUAAUUUCGAUUUUGCAGAAUAAGACAUCAGUGCUUUAUGAAGCAUGGCAUCAGAGGUCCUCCCUGUGUCCCAGGCGCCAAUGCUGGCCUCACACCAGCAGUCACAAUCCCCAAUUGACGCUGGAGAGAGAAUUUUGAAACCAGUUCAGAAGAAUCAGUCAAGCCUUGACAGUUUGAAGAUGCUGGAACCUGGACGAAAAAAACUGAGCUCGGUAGAAACCCAGAGGGUGGUGGCAGUGCUUGAUGAGACAAUCAAAAAGCUUGAACUUGUCAGUCUUUUCCAACAUGCCAUUGAAAACAUGGAGAGAUAUAGUAUAGUGUUUGGCUCUGAGCUGACGGGAGCUUUGAGGGAGCAUCAGAGACUACAAGUGAACAUGCAGAGACAACUUAGUCACUUGAAUAAAGAAGUAAUGGAAGAUAAAGAACAACAUGGAUCGUUGUGGGGAAAAACAGAUAUGUCAGAUACAGCUCGCAUUAAUCUUACGGUACAAGGAGUUCAAAGCUCAGUAAGGAAUAUCAUGAGGUUGUUCUUGGCUAACCCUACUGCAAGCAAGGCACUGCGAUCCGAAGGACACAUAAGGGAUCAGACCUUUCAGACACUCAUCCAAAGCCUUUCAGAGUUGAGAGGAUUUCUUUUUGAGAUGCUCCUGACCAGUCCUCUUGAACAGAAGGAGAGGAUUCACUUCCUCCAGAAGAUCACUCUCCGUGACCAUAAGAACAGGGAGGCUUUGUCAGCUUUAGAAGAGGAGCUUAAUGCUGCUAUUCUUGAUCGUGACACUGAGAUUGCAAAGAAAAAUGAGGUUAUCCGGCAGUUAAAGAUCAGUUUACAUCAGUUGGAGAAAAUUUCAGAGAGCCAAGUGAGACGUACAGUGCAAGAAUCAGAGAAGCAGCAGAAGUCAGAUCGCCGUGCCUCAGAAGGGAAAUGUUUAAAGUUCCAGCAGGACCUGCAGCAACUAAGAUCACAGCUUAAUGGUGCUAUUGCUGAAAACCGUGAGGUUGAGCUAAGCCUCAGAAAGAAAAAGUAUAAAGUUGAAACAGAGAUUGAGAACUGGAUACAGAAAUAUGACGGGGACAUGAGGGAGAAACAAACAGAGCUGGAAGAAUUAGAAGCUGUGUAUGAAGAGGAGAAGGCUCAGCUGGAAGAACUGAAGGAGAAGCUGGCAGUCUUGGAGGUGGAAUAUGUCCAGAUUAUGGAAGAAAGGCAUCAGGCCCAGUUGAAGAAGGAAGCUGCAGAAAAGGAGCUAGCCAUCAAAAACCGCGCAGCCACCAUCAUUCAGUCACUCUGGAAAGGGUAUCAGGUCAGAAAAACAAUGAAAUCAAAGAAAAAGAAGAAGAAGAAGAAGGGGAAGGGAGCCAGUGGGAAAGGGAAAGGGAAAGGGAAAGGCAAGAAAGGCAAAAAGUAG